GUAGCACAUACCCAAUAAAAUUAAUCAUAAAUAUUAGUCCAGAUGUGUACAAACUAACAAGAAUACAACGGUCAUAAUAAAUUAUAAAAAGGUAUUACUACUGUAUAAAUUGGAAUUAUGAGAAUAACAAACCAACACUAAGAGCAGAGCAUCAAUGGCUUCUCCUCAUGUUGUUCUGUUUCCUUUCAUGUCCAAAGGCCAUAUUAUCCCUAUCUUUGACCUUGCUCGUCUCCUUCUCCGCAGUGGAAUUUCCGUCACCGUCUUCACCACUCCGGCAAGCCGUCCUUUUUUCUCCGACUCCCUUUCCAACACCAACGUCAAUAUUAUCGACAUCCCCUUUCCUCAAAAUAUCGAAGGAAUUCCUGUAGGUGUUGAGAGUACUGAUAAACUCCCAUCCAUGUCCCUUUUUGUUCCAUUUGCCUCCGCUACAAAAUCUAUGAAACCCAAUUUCGAACAAGCCUUAGCGUCUCUUUCGCCAGUUACUUUUAUGAUCACGGACAGCUUCCUUCCAUGGACUUUGGACUCUGCAAACAAGUUGGGUAUCCCAAGAUUUGCCUAUUAUGGCAUGACCACUUUUUCCUUGUCCUUAAUGCGUUCCUCCAGUGAUCUCCUACGAACAGAAUUGUCUGAUGAUGAAGUGUUCACACUCCCUGAUUUCCCCUGGAUUAAGCUCACAAGGAAUGACUUUGAUUCACCCUUCAGAGAGCGUGAACCGAAGGGUCCCUUUUUUGAUUUUGCCAUGGAGGAAGCCAUGGCGACCUCUAAAAGCUAUGGUCUAAUUGUCAACAGCUUUUAUGAGCUUGAAUCUGUUUAUGUAGACUAUUUUAAUAGUAAGUUUAGUCCAAAAGCAUGGUGCGUUGGACCCUUUUGUGCAGCGACCGCACCACUACAGCAAAGGUUAGAGAAACCUUCAUACAUCAACUGGCUUGACGGAAUGCUAGAACAGGGGAAGCAUGUUUUAUACGUAGCAUUCGGUACCCAAGCAGAGUUAUCUUCUGAACAAUUCAAGGAAAUCAAAAUUGGGUUGGAGAAAUCUGAAGUGAACUUUUUGUGGGUAGUCAGGAAAAGUAUAGAUGAAGUCGACGACGGGUUCGAAAACAGAGUGAAAAACAGGGGACUGGUGGUGACAGAGUGGGUUGAUCAGAGAGAAAUCUUGAACCACGGGAGUGUUGAAGGUUUUCUAAGCCACUGCGGUUGGAAUUCAGUGAUAGAGAGCAUAUGCGCGAAGGUGCCUAUACUGGCAUGGCCAAUGAUGGCUGAUCAACACCUGAAUGCAAGGAUGGUGGUGGAGGAAAUCAAGAUUGGGCUAAAGGUUGAGACGCGUGAUGGGUCAGUGAGAGGAUUCGUGAAGUGUGAAGGUUUGGAAAAGCCGAUAAGGGAGUUGAUGGAAGGUGACAAAGGUAAAGAGGCAAGGAAGAAGGUGAAUGAGAUUGGAGAGGCAGCCAUUAAUGCAGUCAAAGAAGGUGGAUCAUCAUGGCAAACGUUGAACGACCUUAUUCUUGAGUUAACUACAAGAAGAAAUGUUUGAACUGUGAAUUUCUUUGUUGGUGGGGAGUAGGCUACCUACCUUUUCUUUAAGAAAUAUUUACGACUUUAUAUGAAGCAUUUUGAUGUUUGUUUUUUCCUAAAUAUUUUCCCAUUAAGUUUCUAAGUGUCGUUCUCUUUUUUUCCUUUCUUCAAUUUUUUUUUUUUAGAUUUUUAGUAUACACGUGGGAGAGGGAGGGGCUUGCAAGACAAGAUAUAGUAUCCUCACGAAAAAAAUAAAAUGAAAAUUCAAGUAAAAAACCAACUGGACUACUAAGAUUCUCUGUUUCUAUCGUGAUUGAUUUCCUAAGCUGUGGAUACAGCUUUUCUCUUUUACAAAACAACAUUAAGUUGACGGAAACAUAGCUUACACUAGAUUCCAGAAAGAGAUUUGAGUUGAAUUCAAGAAUAAAAUCUUUUAAGAACUCUUCAAAGAGAUAAACUCGUGGAAUUCAACCAGACAAUAAAAUCUUCAUAUGUAGCUAAGUUAUCAACCAAAAAUUCUCAUGUUCUUAAAAGUUAUUAGGAACAAGUUUUACAUCAUGUUCUCUCCUUUAUUAUGUAAAACUUGUUCAAAAUAACAUGAUCACUAGCUAUCCAAACAUGACUCGUAAUAUAAUUAUAUCAAUCGUUCAAAGAAGCAAUUGUCAAGUAUAAAAUCCACUCAAGUGGAUUUUAACGAAGCUAGUGAUCAUGUUAUUUUAUAUAAAUCGUUCAAACAUGACUGCAAACAAGAAUAUCAAAUAUGAUUUGAUUCUUGUUCAACUAUAGCUUGUGUAGCAAUACAAACCAGUAAACAUAAGAAGAUAGGAAACAAAUACAAAAAUGAGGGAAGGAGAAAAACAGGAAUGUCGAGCACAGAACAAAAUGGAAACUGAAAUGGCAAACUGGUUAAGUACUAGUUCACAAUCACCUGGAGAUAUUUUUUAUAAGGUUAUUUUCCCAAUGCGUUCAUUAAUCAUUCAACACGAGAACGACUAGAUUUUCCAACAGGCAGCAGCACAUCAAAAACGGUUCAAUUCAACAUUUCCUUGCAGCUUAGUUAAGUAUACUAUAAAGAUUAAAAAACAGUAGCAUUAGUCUUCAACUGGUCUCAAACUCUAUAAAGGGGGUCCGGAACAGAAAUUGAAUAUACCUUGGGAAACUUUAAAGUUAUUU